GGAUUCAGUCUUCUUGAGUCACUUCUGGCAGGAGGUCUUUGCUAUGGCCAAGACCGCGCUGAAGAUGAGUUCGGCCUAUCACCCGCAGACGGAUGGCCAGACGGAGAUCGUGAACAAACAUCUGGAGCAGUAUCUCAGGUGUUUUGCCCACCAGCAGCCCAAGAGCUGGUUGGCCAUGAUUCCAUGGGCUGAGUUGUGGUAUAACACCACCUAUCACAGGGCUAUUCGG